AUUGUUCGAACGUCAAACCUAACGUUUUUUCUGAUGAGUUAAAAUUUUGAAAAUUUUUCACGAGAUGCUGUUUAAUUAAAAUAUUAGCGCUGCCAGUAAAAUUAUCAUAGGUCCAAUCGCUUUUCGAUUAAAGUAGUAUACAGCUUACUGACAUUGUAUUUGAUACGACUGCGUUGGAUUACUACUACAAUGACAACCUGCGAAGUAUGCGUACACUUGUCCGACAUCAUGACACCACUGUCGUUUUCCAGCUUAAUCACAACGCUAAUAAAAUAUUUGGUCUAUGAAAAGCAACUAAUCCCAUAUCCUUAUGACCGUUUGAAGUUAUACGUGCAGAAAUACAAAGAGCUGAACUUUGAGGAAAACAGUCGCUGUAAUCUUAAAAAUAAAUACAAACUAGAGUCUGAGAAAUACUAUAAAAAAGUUUCAGAUGCGAUACAAAGUCUUGAAACAGUUUUCCAGUGCAUUGAAAAUGAAUUUCGUAGCCAUGAAGAAAAUCAUAUAGAAUCAGUUGUAAUAUUAAUUGGAUCAAGUGUACUUAAUCCUUUGACUGUAUUUAAUAUAAAUGUACCAGAAUUAAGUUAUUCACAUUGUGAGAAACAACAUUCUUCUAGACAGCACAUAGAUAAUGUAUUUAGGAAUAUUUUGAAUAAUGACAAGUUCAAUGAUAUAUUAACAUCAAAUAUAAUGGUUGAAACAAACUUAUAUGUGAUGUUCAAAGUAAAGAAAGGUGGAAAAAUGGCUACUAAUUGGUGUGUGCCCAAGGAGCAGUUUCGUAGUUUCCGGGGUAAGCAAGUAGUCUUGAGAUUUGAUCAACCACGUGAUGAGAUCAACGCGAAGAAAUAUGAAACAUGUUGCAACAAAGACUGUUUAAAUUUUGAAGUAUUUGUUGAUUUUGACAAUCAGACAAGUGUACAAACAUUGCAAACAUUUAAUAAUACAUUCACAAAUAGUGUUGUUGAUUGGUAUUUAGGAAAACAUCAUAUAACUGGUUUUAAGAAUUAUAAAUACAAUGGAAUUCCUAUAUCAGAUACUUGGUUGAAUCCAACUAUCAUUGAUCAUUUAAUAUCAUAACCUUAUCCAUGGUUUAAGGAUAGGAAUUUUUAGACAAAUUAGACAAUUUUAUUUUUACAUAAUUAUAUACCUACUCAAAUUUGUCAAAUAUGAAUCUUACUAUUAACAUAAUUUUUUAGUUUCUUUUUAUUUGUAUGUAUUGUUUGUUUUUUGUAAAUUCCAUUUAUAAACAACUCAUGUAUUGAAUUAUGUAAUUAUUGAAAACAUAUAAAUAUCAUUUUCUUGCCAAUACAAUAAUUAUUGACAAA